AUGUGUGCAGUUCAAAUUGUUAUGGAUAUCCAUAGAAAAGUAGUUUCGUAGUCAAAAACGUCGAACAUUUCUUGCGGUGUGUUUGUCGCCUGCCGUUGUCAACAAUUUUGCCGAUUUUCGACACAAGAAAUCCUGGAAAAAGUGCUCACUUUAUGAAAAUAACACGUCUUUAAGCUCUCAAGACCUCGAGUUAUCAAAAUAAACUGAAAAGUUCCACCAGAAUCCACAGAAUAUUAUCGAUUGCAGACUCGUCGACCUCGCUGACCUCGUUCGCCGGGUCCUCUGCGGCCCUUUCGCACUCCUCGGCGCACUGCUCGUCCACUUCGAACCCGAAGACGUCGACGUUCGAGCAGAUCCGUCGGGUGGCCGGGAACGAAGUGUGCGCGGACUGUCACUCGCCCGCCCCCAAAUGGGUCUCCAUCAACCUCGGAGUCGUGCUGUGCAUCGAGUGCUCGGGAGUGCACAGAUCGCUGGGAGUGCAGGUCUCCAAAGUCCGAUCGCUGACGAUGGACUCGAUCGAUAACGAACUGCGCGACGUGCUUUUGGCACUCGGAAAUCGACAGGUACGGGUUUUUACUUUGAAAUCGAAUAAAAAAAACACGAUGAUUUUUACAGGUGAAUGCGAUAUUCCUGGCGCACGUGCCGUCGUCGAACGUGAUUCCGCCGCCCGCACACGCAAACUCGCCCCGUCCGGUGCGAGAGGCGUGGAUAAAGGCCAAGUACGUGGAGAGACGGUUCGCGGUGGCCGAGGACGAGCGGGCGAGAAGUUCGGCCACGAACAGAGGCGAGCAUCUGAAGCACAAGACGAGCGGAGGGAGCGGAGUCAACCGGAGCUCCUCUUAUGCCGAUGUUCAGGAGGCCGAAGCGGACAAUAGAGCCAGAAUUGAGGCCGAUCCGUGGAGUGGUACGUUUUUUAAAUUUCUUUGUGAAACAUUGAAAUAUUUCUAAUAUUUCCAGCGGAUCUGACGAUCCCGAUCUCGCCGAUUUCGAAGAGAUUGUCGGCAUGCGGCUCGGACACGGCACUCGACACCGUCGCAUCGGUCCAGCUGAAUCCGGAGGCGACGACGUGGCACGCGGUGAAGGAGGCGUGCGAAUCGGGCGAUCUGCUGUCGCUGCUGAAGGCGCACGCGCAGGGAUUCGACCUGAUCGGACUGCACGCGGGCACCACCGCCCUGCACAUUGCCACGCGGCACGGACAGACCGCCGCCGUCGAGUUCCUGCUGUUGAAUGGCGCGAAACUGAACAUGCUCGACGAGAAACUCAACACCGCACUGCAUUUGGCCACCCAGGAGGCACACACACUGUUAGUCGGCAACUUGGGCUUUGAAAUUAUGAAAAUACGGCUUUUGGUCACCAGAACUCUUUCCGCCAGACUCUGAGUUUAACCUGAAUGUGUCAUGUUCUGUUCGUUUACAAAAAUACGUCGAAUUGCAAGAAUGGAAGAGUUUUCACACCAGAACUUUCUUGGCCACAACUUUGACUGUGAGCUUUUCAAGGCCUCCCGAUGCCUGAACGCUUCACCCAUUUGCAAUGAUCAGAUCGGACCCAAACUUUGGAGACAUCUUGUACUUGGAUUCAAGUAUAUUGGGUCCAAGUUUCAGACUGAUCGGAUCAUUUACUCUCGAGAUAUAAGGAUCAGAGGCCGAAAAGACCGGGUUUUUAGCAAAGAUUGCGGGGCCCUUUUCGGCCUCAAACCAGCAUAUCUCAGGACUUGAUAAUGCGAUCAAUCUGAAACGUAGACCCAACAUAAUUCAACCCAAGUCCAAGAAGCCUUGAGUCCGAUUGGAAUGUUGCAGUUGGGUCAACAGGGGAAAAAUCGAAAAUGUCCAAUUUUUAGACAAAAAUAUUUGCAGACAAGUGUGCCAACUGCUGAAACGUGGCGCCGACAACAAUCUGGCGAACGUGGACGGAAAAACGCCGUUGGACAUUGCGAUGGAGUGCACGCACGCCGAUAUUGUCACUUUGUUAGUGUUGCUGCUCCGGUUGCCAGCCGGAAUAGCCAAGCUCCGCCGAUUUAAAAGUCGAUAGAACGGAUAUAUUUGCAGAUUCCGUGUGACAAUAAUGCGAAACGAGUUCAACGCGGACUACAACAAUCCGAUGGACGAGACGAUGGAGGUGGUCAUCUCGGACAUUGCACAACGGGCGGUCGCGGAGAAGGAGCAACGGAAGACGGCUUCGUUGAAAGAGGAGACCAGCGACAUUUAG